AUGAUCGGAGACCUUGGAAUAACUGGCGACACACGAGCUUCCUCGUCAUUGACAGACUAUCGUUCCGUCAUGGGUGUUUCCUGUCCAAUAUCCAACCUUGCUGUUUUCUGCAUUCAAGCCAUCCUGUUGAAUCACGUGACAGGCUUCAAUUUAAAUCAUCUUCUGACUCGCAAAGGUCGAGAAAUCACAGAACCGGCUUACACACAAGAGGAUUAUUUAUCUUCAGAGGAAUCGAAAAGUAUAAAAACUCCCUUCAUGCAAUAUUAUCCAAUUCGAUAUGCUGGACAGUGUGGUGAUUAUUUUUUAGUUCCUCCAAACAGCACAUUCCGGAUGUCAGUCAAUUUUGGCGUUCACCAUCAGGACCUGGGGGACCUUUAUUGUGUUCUUACGUUCAUGGCCGAUGGAGGAAAUGGUAGAAAGUUUUGUGUCAACUUCACCCACAUUAAUCUCAGGGAGGAUUCUUAUAUCUAUAUUUUCGAGGGUGAAAAUAUGGAAUUUCCAGAACUUUAUAAGCAUAUUAUUAAGCGAAUUACAAAAGGUGAGCAACCACACAUCUUCUGUACCAACACCAAUACACUUAGUAUCAGAACAGAGUAUCCGAUAUUAAAUGGAACGCAGUCCCCAGAUGUAGAGUUUGACGUCAUUCCUACUGACAAUGUUUUCUUAAUGAAAGGAAAUGACUGUUAUAAAACCUUCCGAUUUGAUGGACGUAACCAUUUUCGAGUGAAAACGUGGCCGGAUGAAUCAGGCCAUCUGGCAUCGUGGAGUGGCUGCUUCCUCACUUUUGUCCACCACCGGCCAGGUUUAAUGUGUGUUGAAUUUAGAGAUUUCUACAUUGGACCAAACAGCAGUGAUGUGAGUCUAAUAUUUCUCCUGACAGAACAAGUUCCAAUUGUGACGCUAACUCUCAACAGUACUUUCCCAAAUGCUACAUUCUGCACCCGAACAGAAUUCCUAUUUGUUAAAUUGCAUCAGAACGUUUCUUUUGUACAUAAAGAACGAGACUACAAUUUUGUAUUCGAUGUGACAGCUGAAUCAUCCUCAGAUGUUUGCCGAUAUGUUCAAUGGAAGUUGCUAUCUGUUCUGACAGUAUUUGUCCUUCUUGUUGGGCAUGGUUGCUCUUGA